CCUCCUCCGCCCACUGCCACGGCCAAGGGAGUCGAGCCCAGCAGGGGGAGGGGAAGAUCUACACCCAUCCCCCUUCCUCUAGCCCUCCCCGCGUUGAGCUUCAAUUGUACCUUCUAUUAUUUUAACUCUUCUGCUUAGGACAAGCAGCCCCCGAAUCUGUCCCCGCGGCCUCGGCGGCCCCUGCUUCUGCGCGCCGGGAUGGGUGAGCGGGGGACCUGCCCGCGGUCCCGCGUGUGCAAAGAGGCCACGCCGCCGCGCUCGCUGCCCGGAGUCUGAGGACGGGUCUCGAAAGAAGGAGAGGCAGGUCAGGUAGAUAGGCUGGCUAUGGUGACGGGACGAUGUUGGCCAGGAAGAGCAUCAUCCCGGAGGAGUAUGUGCUGGCGCGCAUCGCGGCAGAGAACCUGCGCAAACCGCGCAUCCGAGACCGCCUCCCCAAAGCCCGCUUCAUCGCCAAGAGCGGGGCCUGCAACCUGGCGCACAAGAACAUCCGCGAGCAAGGACGCUUCCUGCAGGACAUCUUCACCACCUUGGUGGACCUGAAAUGGCGCCACACGCUGGUCAUCUUCACCAUGUCCUUCCUCUGCAGUUGGCUGCUCUUCGCUAUCAUGUGGUGGCUGGUGGCCUUUGCCCACGGGGACAUCUAUGCUUACAUGGAGAAAAGUGGAAUGGAGAAAAGUGGUUUGGAGUCCACUGUAUGUGUGACUAAUGUCAGAUCUUUCACCUCUGCUUUUCUCUUCUCCAUUGAGGUUCAAGUGACCAUUGGAUUUGGAGGGAGAAUGAUGACAGAGGAAUGCCCUCUGGCCAUCACAGUUUUGAUUCUCCAGAAUAUUGUGGGCUUGAUCAUCAAUGCAGUCAUGUUAGGCUGCAUUUUCAUGAAAACAGCUCAGGCUCACAGAAGGGCAGAAACUUUGAUUUUCAGUCGCCAUGCUGUGAUUGCUGUCCGAAAUGGCAAGUUAUGCUUCAUGUUCCGAGUGGGAGACCUGAGGAAAAGCAUGAUCAUUAGUGCUUCAGUGCGCAUCCAGGUGGUCAAGAAAACAACCACACCUGAAGGGGAGGUGGUGCCUAUUCACCAACUGGACAUUCCUGUUGAUAACCCGAUCGAGAGCAAUAACAUUUUUCUGGUGGCCCCUUUGAUUAUCUGCCAUGUGAUUGACAAGCGCAGCCCCCUGUAUGAUAUCUCAGCAACUGACCUGGUCAACCAGGACUUGGAGGUCAUAGUUAUCCUGGAAGGGGUUGUUGAAACUACUGGCAUUACUACACAAGCACGAACCUCCUACAUCGCUGAGGAGAUCCAAUGGGGCCACCGCUUUGUGUCUAUUGUGACCGAGGAGGAAGGAGUGUAUUCUGUGGAUUACUCCAAAUUUGGCAACACUGUUAAAGUAGCUGCUCCACGUUGCAGCGCCCGAGAGCUGGAUGAAAAGCCUUCCAUUCUUAUUCAGACCCUUCAAAAGAGUGAACUUUCCCAUCAGAAUUCCCUGAGGAAACGCAAUUCCAUGAGAAGAAACAAUUCCAUGAGGAGGAACAACUCUAUCCGGAGGAAUAACUCAUCCCUCAUUGUGCCAAAGGUGCAAUUUAUGACUCCAGAAGGAAAUCAGAACACAUCAGAAUCAUGACAGACAACUCCAAGACAGUCUUUGAUCAAGUUUUGAUAAUUUAUGCUGGUCACAGUCAGACUGAACCAGAGCUGGAACACAUAAUUUUUCCUUCUACAUUUUAUUACACCAGGUGAUAUUCAUAUUCAAGCAAUAGCACUUUCUUUAUCAAUAAACAAUGACACACAAAGUGGAGAAUUCAUGACUUGCACUUGUUUCAUACAUGCAGAAUUUGCAGUGAUAUGCUUAAGUUAUAUAUAAGGAGUGUACUCUCAUUUCUCUCCAUUUAAAACACAGAAUUACAUUAGUAGUAAUAGACCUUGAACACAAAACUAGGCCAAGGAAUGAAUCUGUUUGAAAUGCUUAUUGGGUAAAACCACAAGUCUCUCUGUUACUGUUGUUUACUCUGGAAAUGUAGAGCAUAGGGGGGACAAACCAAAAUCAUGUUAACACCUUUUGUAUAUCAAACUUCUCCUUCCUUCAUGAUACUGCAUUUGGUAGGAAGCCCAAGGCAAAAACUGGUUUAGAUCUAUCUGUUUGUAAGUGGAUUCAAUUCAUUCACACGGUCCUUCAUGACUUCCAGAGGUUUCCUAUUCCUCCCCAUGAAGCCUGUUGGGCAAAACUGGACAAGGAAUCUUUCUAUUAAAGCUAAGUCCUGUUGGUACUGAGUUUCCAACAGUGACAGUCACUUCUUUCAGCCUCUCACUUCUUAAGAGCCCCCACAGGGAGAUACUGUAUUGAAUACUUUAUUAAAACAUUUUAUUUGUA